CUACAUAAGUUUUUUUAUUUGAAUUGGAAUGGAACUGUAUGGGGACCUGUAAUGCCAUUGGCGUUUCCUGCGAAGUAGUCGAGCGUUUUAUUUUGUAAGAGCAACUAUGAUGCUUCGGAGUGAAAGUGCUGUGAAGAAGAUUUCAAUAUUGAAUAAAAAACAUAAUUUGUAAUUAUAGUGAGCCAGCAUGGAGCAAUUAGCGCAGUUUGUAAAUAAAUCAUUUGAGUUCAAUUUAACUAAUAAUCGAGUCAACCAUUUGUUCAACUCGAUGACAAGUGCGCGCAUCCAUAAACUGGCCGACGCCACAACAACGGCAACAAAGUCCAUAGUAGUGAGCCCGAACGGACUGGGCCGUGUAUCUGUUGAUAACUGUGCUAACGGUGAAGAGUCCAUGGACAUUGAUAUCACCGAUAUUUCGGUAGCCGAAGAGAAUAGCUCGGAGGAUGAUACAAGUCUACCCAAGCCCCUGUCUCUGGUCAAAAUCCGUACGCUUCAACAGCAAUCGAUUGCACCUAUUUCGGAUAAUGAAGAGCUCCGUAAGACUGAUCCUGCCCCAAAGCCUAAGAACUGGUUGAUUUCCGAUCUAUUGGUAUCGGAUACACAAUCAGAAGGUGAAAAGUGUGAAAAGACAUCUUCCCGUUUCGAUGAUUCGACUGCAUGUAUCUCUAGCACGGCGAAUAGCUCGAAACUGAAUGGUGACCUGAUCGUAAAAUUUCAAGAUGCGGAUAGCAAAACCAGCAGCAAGUGCAUGAAUAAUAUGCAAGUUCCUGACAUCGAGAGCGCAUCAACAACAGAAACGAAAACAUCUGCAACAAUCAAUAUUAAUAUCAAUGAAUGCUCCAAUGAUAGCAAUUCCCCGGAGCUAUCGUUGCAUAAGGUGGUCAGCUCGGAGAAGUCUAUAUCUAUAUCGCCGGAGCCGCAGUCAAACAUAGGAGACACAAAUAUUGCCCGCAUGGAACACUCUGGACUCAGCAGCAAACAGCGAAGAUCGCGCACAAAUUUUACGCUUGAGCAGCUCAAUGAACUGGAGCGGCUUUUCGAAGAGACCCAUUACCCAGAUGCCUUUAUGCGGGAGGAGCUGAGUCAGCGCUUGGGACUGAGCGAAGCCCGAGUACAGGUAAGAGGCAGCAAAUAAGGAUGAGAAAAUCAGGUGUAACUGACUAUCUACUAGUCGACUUAUACAAGAAAUCAAUGGCAUUUGAUAUGCAACAAAA